GGUUGUUUUUAUCCAACGAAAUUCCCAAGUGGGCGACGGAACCUGUCGAUUGUCGAUCCCUUUUAAAACGCAAACUCGCUGUCAUUUCCAAAUUCCCUUCUCUCUCCUUCUCUCCCUCUCCUUCCCUCUCGUCUCAAAUCUCUCUUACGUUAUUUGGACGAACAGGAACAAUGAUUAAACUUUUUAAAGUAAAGGAAAAGCAGAGAGAAAUUGCCGAAACUGCCAAUGGAAGGGCACCUGUCAAGAAGCAAAGUGCUGGGGAAUUGCGUCUGCAUAAAGAUAUCAGUGAGCUAAACCUUCCCAAAACAACUACCAUAUCAUUUCCCAAUGGCAAGGAUGAUCUAAUGAACUUUGAGGUCAGCAUUCGGCCUGAUGAAGGAUAUUAUCUAGGUGGCAAUUUUGCGUUUACUUUCCAAGUCCCUCCCAUCUAUCCUCACGAGGCACCAAAGGUUAAGUGCAAGACAAAGGUGUACCAUCCUAAUAUCGACUUGGAAGGAAAUGUCUGCCUCAACAUUCUGCGAGAGGAUUGGAAACCUGUCCUCAAUAUAAACACUAUCAUAUAUGGCUUGAAUCACCUUUUCACGCAACCCAAUCACGAAGAUCCUCUGAACCACGAUGCAGCAGCUGUGCUCAGGGACAACCCAAAGAUGUUCGAGUCCAAUGUCAGAAGGGCAAUGGCUGGAGGCUACGUUGGUCAGACUUUCUUCCCCAGAUGCAUAUAGCAUUUUCCAGUGACAAUUCUGUAAAAAUAGUAUUUUCAAUGCGUGGCUCCCCACAAGAGCUGCAAAUUACACUUUGGAGCAUAUCUUCCUGGUGGAGUUCCCAAUCUCCCGCAUAUGCUUUGGGAUUGCUUUAGGUAGAAACCAACUCUUAUAAAAAAAGCUCAACCGGAAGCUGUUUGAAUUUGCUCUCAGGUGUAAUUUCUUGUGUUUUCUAAGCGAACUGGUCUGCAAUGAACGGUCAUGGAGUUAUGUACUGUGGAAUGGGAGAUUGUGCUUGUUUCCAUUAUUAGUAAGAAAAACAUAUGUUUAUUUGCCAGCUGUAA